AUGCAACGUGAAGUCGAUAUUCGUAAUGCUGAUAUGAGAUAUGAUCUAGAUAAAGAAUUAGCAGAAUUACAAAGAAAUUUAUCUGAAAAACAACGAAUGCAUGAGCUCGCGAUUCAAGCAGAACGAUAUGAGCAAGAACGAGAGAAAUAUCGAUAUACUCUACUAACUGUGUAUAUGAGUGAGAUCGAAACAUUGAUAAACAAGUAUAACGGUACGAUAACUAAUGAUACUCGUACAAGAGCAAUGGUACGUGGUAAAACACUGGCUCUCAUUCGAGAAUUAGAUACAGUACGAAAAGGACAAUUAAUUCGAUUUCUAUAUGAUGCUGGACUAUUGACUAAUGGUGAACAACCACUGGAUUUAACCGAUGCAGAACUUGAUCACAUUGAUCUGAGUAGUACUACGCCGAAUAUUCAAAUUAUGUAUGGUCUUGCAUUGUCAAAUGUAUAUCUACGAAAUGCUUCAUUUGUACAACGAGACAUGACAAAUGGAAACUUUAGUGGAACUCGUCUUACUGGUGCUAACUUUUCAUAUAGUAUCACUAAUCCUACUGUUGGUUUCAAAUCAGCGAAUAUAUUACAUAAUCUCACAAUAAAUAAUUCAAAUAUCAAUAUAACAUUUAAUCUUACUACUAUAAUUCAAACAACAACUUUACCAACAAUAUUAAUCUCAUUUUUAAAUGCAUCAUUUUAUUCAUCUUUUAAUUUUACUACAUCAUCUUUAGAUAUUAAUAAUUCUCUACCGAUUUGUAAUUUUUCUAUAUCAAAUAAUAAUACAUCAAUAUAUCAAGUAACUAUAAAUCAAACACUUUAUUCAUAUGAUAUUAUUGAAGAAAAUCAUGGUAAAGAUUUAUAUCCAGGUGGACAUUAUAUUCCAAAAGAAUGUCGAACAGAACAACGUUUAGCUCUUAUUAUAUGUUAUCGUAAUCGUGAACAACAUUUAAAAAUGUUUCUUAAUAAUAUUCAUCCAUUUUUACAAAAACAAAAACUUGAUUAUACAAUAUUUGUUGUCAAUCAACAUGGAAAUGAUCCAUUUAAUCGUGCUGCUUUAUUUAAUGUUGGUUAUUUAGAAGCUAUGAAAUUAUAUCAAUAUGAUUGUUUUAUUUUUCAUGAUGUUGAUCUUUUACCAGAAGAUUUAAGAAAUAUUUAUAAAUGUGGAGAUCAACCAAGACAUAUGUCUGUAGCUAUUGAUAUAUUUAAGUAUGCUAUACCUUAUUCAGAUAUCUUUGGUGGUGUAACAGCAUUUCAUUCAUCAGAUAUUCUUGGUAUAAAUGGUCAUCCAACAGUUUAUUGGGGAUGGGGUGGUGAAGAUGAUGAUAUGUAUUUCCGUGUUGUUAAAAAAUUAAAAAAAUCAAUAAUACGUUAUCCAAUUGAAAUAGCUCGUUAUAAAAUGAUUCGUACACAUGGUCAUAUAGCUGCUGAAUUAAAUCCACAUCGUUUUACAAUAUUAAAUUCAAAAUAUGAUUAUAAUCUUGAUGGUAUAAAUACAACAUAUUAUACAUUACAUAAUAUAGUUUUUUAUAAAUUAUUUACAUUGAUUAAUGUAACAUUACCUGAAGAAUCAUUCGAACAUAUUCGUACACGUUUACAUAUAAAAAAUAAAAAUUAG